GCACCUGGAAAGACGGCGCGAAUUACGGACCCGCUCAGACUUUCAGAGCUUCUCACUCAGAUUACAGUCGGAUCGGACAAGUGAGGUUGCUGCGCACAGUUAAACCACAUAGAAAACCAUUUGAAUCAAAGUGUAGCUUCUCUAAUCUACUGAGGGACACACUCUCUGGCAAGUGUCUUGCUCUUUUGGAUCAUUUGGUACAGGGGUCCAUACAAGGAAGCCUGGAAGAGAGAGGAUGGCAGACACACUGGAGGAGUUGAGACAACAGUGUCUGAGUAGAGGAGCAGCUGGGAUUAAAGGCCUGGCAAGAACCUUCCGCAUCAUGGAUGAUGAUGGCAGUAAGUCUCUAAACCUGGAGGAGUUUCAGAAGGGUCUGGAGACCUAUGGUUUGUGUAUUGGAAAGGAAAAGGUCAAGGAGAUCUUCACUUUCGUAGACAAAGAUAGAAGCGGCACCAUUGACUUCGAUGAAUUUCUUGAGAAACUAAGGCCCCCUAUGUCCAGCGCCAGAAAGCAGGUGAUCAAACAGGCUUUCCAGAAGCUGGACCGUACCGGUGAUGGAGUGGUAACUGUGCAAGACUUGGAGGGAGUCUACAACAGCAAACAUCACCCCAAGUACAAGAGCGGCGAGUGGACCGAGGAACAAGUGUUCCGCUCUUUCCUCGACAGCUUCGACUCGCCAUAUGAGAAAGACGGAAAGGUCACUUUGGACGAGUUUGUGAACUACUACAGUGGAGUCAGUGCCUCCAUAGACAACGAUGAUUACUUUGUGACCAUGAUGCAGAACGCUUGGAAGCUGUAGUCACCACGGAUCUCAUCUCUUCAUUGGAAGGAUAGAAAUUUGUAAACUGUUCACUUUGCUUGAACUACUACUGGAAGCAGUAAAUGAUGUUUUUGGCUAAAAUGUUUCACUUCCUGGAAUUUGAAUGUGCUUAAAAACUGCAUCUGUGCAGAUAUUUGUAGGGUACACCUAAACAAUAAAUCAUACUUGUAUCUCAGCAAACCACCAAAAUA